AUGUCAAUGCAAUUGCUAGUUCAUCAUCACGUGAUCAUGUUCGUUUUGUUGUUUUGGUGCAGCAUAGUUACCGAAACCAAACCAGCGUCAUCAUCAGAAUUAGCUCCGCCUAUAGCAAAGCUUAAUUGCACGACGCACUGCGGAAUUAAUGUCAGCAUCCCUUACCCUUUCGGCGUUGGACCAAACAAAGAUUGUUACUUUAAUGAAUGGUUUCAGAUAGACUGCAACGAGUCUACUGGGCACAAGCCUUUCUUGAGGCGCGCCCAAAUGGAGGUGCUCAACAUUUCUAUUGACGGCACCCUUCAGGUUAAAAGCCCUGUUACUUUCUUCGGCGCUUGCAAGGGAAAGGAAACUCGCCAAGCCCCAAAUUUGACGGGAAGCCCUUUUGUGUACUUGGACAGAAAAAACAUGUUCACUGCAGUCAGCUGUGGCCGUCUUGCUACCAUGAGAUCAAAUGUGAAUUUUUUUCUUGGAUGCAAUUCAACUUGUGACGAUCAGAGUACAGAUAGUGCUACUUAUCGCUGCGGUACCAUUGGAACUAACUGUUGCCAGACUACCAUUCCUCCAAAUAUCAGCGUUUUCACUACUGAGAUACUGCCAAGAGAUCAAAUUGAUGGUUGCAACUACGCUUUUCUUGUUGACCAAGAUUGGUUUUUGAACAAUUUAUCAAGCUACAGAGCUAUCCGAGGAAUGGACAGAGUUCCCGUGGUGCUGGAAUGGAACAUCAGCUUAGACAACACUUCACACAAAGAAUUUGAAGGAUUUAUCGGAAGAAAAGUACGUCCGUAUUAUGCAAAUAAAGCUAAUAACGACUCAACACCCUAUUGCAAAAUAUAUAAUCGGUCAAGCGUUCAUUGCUUCUGUCCGAGGGGCUUUCAAGGAAAUCCUUAUCUUCUCCAACCUUGUCAAGAUAUUGAUGAAUGCAAGCUUAAUCGGUGUAUCGAUCCUGAUGUGGUAGCUUCAUGGAAUUUCAGUGGCAGUCCUAUAUGUGAGAAUUUCGCCGGUGGUUAUACAUGCUACUCAAAUGUAACCAGAGCUACAUGUGACUUUGGUGGUGGAGGUGGUUCGAGUUGCUACUACAAGCCAAAGCCGCCUCUGCUCUCUCAGGCCUAUCGAAUCAGAACUGUUCUUUUAGGUGAAGUCAAUGUUGAGAAAAUCAAGUUGUUCAAAUCAAAGGAGUUGGAGAAGUCCACUGACAACUUCAACAUUGAUAGAAUUCUUGGCCAAGGAGGCCAAGGUACCGUCUACAAAGGAAUGUUCGCAGAUGGAAGAAUCAUUGCGUGCCCUCGGUUUUGGGUCUUGAAGAAGAGUGAGGAAGCAGCAAAUCACAUAGGAAGGCUUGGAAUAUUGGUGUGGAAUAACAAGUGGAGCAGAUUAAGGAAGAAAUGCUGA